GGGCGGUGUUUCCAGAGAAUAGGGCGGGGAGCUAGGUAAAGGGGUUGGAGCGGAGCGGAGGAGAAUUAGUGAUACUUCCGGCGCUGGAAGGAGUGGGUGGUGUGAGUGGCAGAGUGAAGGCUGUGCCCCACAGACACCAUGAACAUGUUUGAUCGGAAGAUCAACUUGGAUGCCCUCUUAAAAUUUUCUCACAUCACACCUUCUACACAGCAGCACCUGAAGAAGGUCUAUGCCAGUUUUGCCCUCUGCAUGUUUGUGGCAGCCGCAGGGGCCUAUGUCCAUGUGGUCACCCAUUUCAUUCAGGUUGGCUUGCUCUCCGGCUUGGGAUCUUUGGGAUUGAUGAUAUGGCUGAUGGCCACACCACACAGUCAUGAAACUGAGAAGAAGAGAUUGGGUCUUCUGACUGGAUUUGCUUUCCUUACUGGAGUUGGUUUGGGCCCUGCCCUGGAGUUAUGCAUUGCCAUCAAUCCCAGCAUCAUUCCCACCUCCUUCCUUGGCACAGCAAUGAUUUUCAGCUGUUUCACCUUGAGUGCACUCUAUGCUAGGCGUCGCAGCUAUCUCUUCCUAGGAGGUAUCUUGAUGUCCGCCAUGAGCUUGAUGCUAUUUUCCUCCCUGGGGAACCUCUUCUUUGGAUCUAUUUGGCUUUUCCAGGCAAAUCUGUAUGUGGGACUGGUGGUCAUGUGUGGCUUUGUCCUUUUUGAUACUCAACUCAUAAUUGAAAAAGCUGAGAAUGGAGAUAAGGAUUACAUCUGGCACUGUGUUGACCUCUUUCUGGAUUUUGUCACCCUAUUCCGGAAACUCAUGAUGAUUCUAGCAAUGAACGAAAAGGUAAGCCUGAAAACCAGUGCCCUUCUAACAGGGCAUCACCCUCCUCCCAUCUUGAAAGCCUUUCCUUGGGAAGCUUUUAUAAUGGGCCACUAAGGAAUGCUGGGGAGUAAAGCAGGUAUUGAAAAGGAGGCAUUUUCUGAUCAGGGUGACUGAAGUCUGAAUGGAAAGUGCAUAUUUCUGUAGCCGCAAGUAAAAGUUCAGACUGGAAGAAAAAAACAUGAUGGUCAUGAAAACAGUUGUUCCUUAGAAUGUUUGCUAGUGGCUGACCAACCCAUACAAUCUUGCUCACAGUCUUUAUCCUUAAUAUACAUUAUGGAGACUAAUGGAAUGGAUGAAGCCUGUUCUUCCCAGUAAUUAGCUUAAAUGAGACACGGAGUGGCCCUGGCGGGGCAAAGGGCCUUGCUCUUCAGUUGGGCCCUUUCAGAGCCCAGGCCGGGAAGCAUGACUGGGCAGCUCCGAUCUUUAUCGUGUGCUUUGCCGGCGUUGUGCCCAGUGAGGCCCAGCUGCAGAAGAGUUCGUGUCCUUUGCUUCAGAGGACUGUGGCAUUUUCACUGAACUAAAACGCUGACUGGCCAGGGUGUUAGCGAAUCAGCUUCGGAUGUGGGCUUCCAGGAGCAGCUAAGAGUUAGAUGCGGGCAGGGUUGGCUGCCUAAGUAGUUCUGCUUAAGUUCUGGGAGUGUGGCUUGGGUUGACUCUGUGAUUCUCUUCUUUUAGGACAAGAAGAAGGAGAAGAAGUAAGACAACUGUUCAGCCUUUCCCUCUUUGGCUCCCUUCCCUCAUCCUCUCAUUUCCUCUUUGCACACAUUACAGGUGGCGUGUUCUGUGAUAAUGAAAAGCAUCAGAAAAGCUUUUGUACUUUGUGGUUUUCUCUGUUUUGAGUUUUUUUAAUCAGAAAACUGAUUAGCAGAUUCUAAUUUGGAGUUUGGCUUCAUGUUCCCUGGGAUUCCAUAUCUCUCCUUUGUCCUUCGGCAGUCAGUCCCUGGUAUGUGAAGAGUAACUGCGACCAAGCAGAGGGAGCAAGUUCCAGGAGUCUCGUUGCUGGCAGACUUUGACAUUUCUCCUUGCAAAGUCUCCUCUUCUCACUUAGAAUUAUUUGGGCUGACUAACCAUUCCUGUGGGUGGGAGAUACCGGCAGUGUGUGCUUUAGCAAGUUGAAUGGAAGCUUACUUAGAAACCCGCAGCUCCUCUUGUGUUUAGUGCUGUUGGAAUUGAGCCUCUGCCAGCUCCUUACGAGAUUUGUAAACAAAAUGAACUGGUCUUUCUGCGUUAGAAGAAGCUUUGUGGACGGCACUUUGCCUCUGAGCCUUGUCGAGCCACUGCCAGUGGGGCAGACACACCAUCUUGCGCCCCUCAUUCUCAAAGUCUUGGUUGAUGGACGUUCCCGGAACCUCUCACCUGGCUCUUGUUCAGGGAACCUCUCUGCUCGGACCCGUUAGCGUAGGAGAGUUUUCAGCAUGUUUGGAAAUGUUAGUUUGCUGGGACAGCAGCAGCUCCUCCGGAAACCUGCAUGUUUGUUACCUGGGAUCGUGGCGACUUCUCUAAAGCUCCCCCAAUUCGUCCUCUCAGAAGCCUAGCCCGGCCUUAGUUGCUAAGUAGCCUCCCCGAGUUGUCCUUAGAAUGCCCAGAGAGAGCGUCUUGGAGUUGGGCCCCGGAAAGAGCCGAAAUCCAGAUCUGCAGUGAACUAUGGGGUCAUUUCUAACGGGACCUUCCAGGCACACCUCCCAAAGGCUCGCUGGGCAGAGCAGGGGAGCAGCCAGGUGGUGAGCUCCACGCAAGUGGAGGACGCUCAGAGAGACCACACUUUGAACCCGAGACAGAACGGCCUCCCAUUUGACCAGGGCUCCCAGAAUAGUUGAGGCUGCACUGCAGGAGAGAUGGAAUUACUCGGGGCUCCUUGCCAGCAGCCCUCUGGCUCUUCCCUUCCCCCAGACAGCACAGAGUGCCUGGGGAAGCCUUGGAGGCGCUCAGGACGGCUCUGCUUCUCCCAUAGGCGGCAGACCCUUGAUUGAGUGGUUGCCUCUGAUCCCAGGGUACCGACCUAGGUAGGACUGCUUCUCCCCUUGUAGUGCCCCCCCCCCCCCCCAGCCUUUUGUCCAUGUAUUUGAUGUUGCUCUGCCCUUGCUAAGAAGUUGACUGUGUUAAUGUCUCCUGAAGCCAAAUUCCACCUUUUGUGCUUUUUGCUUGGGAUAAAAGUUUUUCUUUAGAAACAGUGCCAAGAAUGACAAGAAAAAUUCUACUUUUAAAGAGAAUGCCUAACAGGUUUUUAAUACAUUAAUCACUGUAACUAUAACUAUCACUUUCUUUUCUAGUUUCUUGGUUUUCAGCUCAGGCUGCAUUCUAUAACUCAUACUGUGAAGAUAAAGGUGUUUUUGAUUCAGAAAUAUAUGAAAUCUACAAAGUCUUAAUUUGUAAAAAAUAAAGAAAAAAAUCCUGA